AUGGCCAAUGGUUCUAAUCUCAGUGAAUUAAACCUUGUCGAGGUUUUGCAGAAAGCGAGUGACCCUCAACAUGUUGGAUCAGAUUUGCAAAAGCAAGCUGAACAACAGCUUAAAAGCUGGGAAGUUCAAGGAGGUUAUCAUUAUACGCUUCAAUCAGUGUAUUUGGACCUUUCCAACGCUUUGCAGGUCAGAUGGCUUGCCAUUAUACAGUUCAAAAACGGUGUGGAAAAGUAUUGGCGUUCAACGAGGAACAAUGCAAUUUCCAAAGACGAAAAAAAUAUGAUUAGGGUACGACUGUUUGAUUUGAUUGCUGAAAGAAAUAAUCAGCUCUGUAUACAGAAUGCACAGGCCACGGCUCGGAUUGCCCGGCUCGAUUUUCCCGCUGAAUGGCCUAAUGUUUUCGAGACGCUGGAAAAUAUGUUGAACAAUGAAAAUAUCUGGAAAGAUGAAGUCAAGAUUUAUAACCUGCUGUUAAUGUCUAACCAGAUAAUCAAGAUUCUGGCCACUGCCAGAAUCGGACGCUGCAGACCAGCCAUGCAAAGUAAAGUUCCUUUGGUAUUUCCCUUGCUCGUUCGCGUUUACGUUGAGAGCUUUCGAAUUUGGACUGAGGCUACAAUUGUCGACGACGAAAGUCUGUCGCACAUUCAAGUUUCGUAUUUGGCGCUUAAAGUUUUGCGAAGAGUUGUCAUCGAAGGAUAUGACUUCCCACACAGAGAUAAGGCUGUUGUUGAAUUUAUGCAGAUGAUAGUAUCUCAUUUCGAAAUGUUGACUUCCAACUAUGACAGUUUGAGGAAGUUUAAUUACAUCGAGAAAUUUGUUAAAUGCUACGGCAAGCUGUUUUACUACAUGAUCCUCGCUUCGCCAGCAAAUUUCUUACUUCUGCCAUGUGCGUCAAACGCCCUAAUGGCAAUAACCAGAAUUUUAUUCGACAGAGCCAACGACGUUUAUAAUGAAAAUGCUGAAAUUACGGGCGAUUUUUGGGAGCAAGUUGCCAUCCGAGGAUUCUUGAUUCUGAAAAAGAUCGUGAAUUUCCUACAGAAAAAGGGAACAGUUACGAUAAAGGCUAGGAACGACAAGAAUGAGGUUCAAUUAGCAAUUCAAAAAAUUUCCACGGAGUUUUUUAAUGAGGGGCUCGUGACAAAGUUAGUCGACGUUCUAAUGCAAUGGUACUUAAAAUUGAGGCCAGCUGAGCUGGAGAAUUGGGACAUCGAUCCCGAAGAAUGGAUAAAUGAGCAGUUAGUUGCAAGCUAUGAAUAUCAGAUUAGACCAUGUGCUGAAAAUUUUUUUCAGGAUCUAGUAAAUGGCUUUCGUGAGCUAUUGGUUCCUUAUUUACUUCGCAAAAUUGAAAAUGAGGGAUCACCACAAGAUGAUACAAUUGAGAGUUUUCUUCAAAAGGAUUCCGUUUUUGCCGCUUUCCAAUUGAGCGCCGCUGCAACUAGUGAAAUGGUCGACUUCGAUUCCAUUCUUGUUCAAGUUUUCCUGCCUCAAGCGAAUGCAGCCUAUGAAUCUGCUUACCAGGCGAAGAUAAUCAAGAGAAGAGUUUGUCUUGUUAUUAAUGAAUGGGGUACGGUAAGAUGUUCUACUCAAAGUAAGCAGUAUUGUUAUCAGCUUUUGCGGAAACUGCUCGGCGAAGAGACCGAUAAAGUUGUUCAGUUGACUGCAAUCGAAGCGCUUCGAACCCUCAUUGACGACUGGAAUUUUGAUAAAAAAAGUUUUCAGCCAUAUCUGGAUGAUUUCGCCGGCUUGCUUCUACGGAAAAUAUUGCCUUCUGUUUCACUUACCGAGACGAGAUUAUUCGUGUUCAAGACACUGAGCGACAUGAUUGUACAAACUAAGCCGUUUUUCAGUCGUGAACUCUUGUUUGAAAUUUUACAAAUUGUUCCAAAGCUCUGGGAUCUUUCAAUGAGUGACCCAUCUGAGUCUAUUUUGGCUAAUGCUCUUUUGAGGCUCUUGAAGCAUUCGAUAGACUCUUUGGGGAAGUUUUCAGGAACAACAUGGGACAUUACGCUGCCUAUUGUUGGUAUCGCUUGCGAUCCAUCUACCUCCCAAUAUUCUCUUCUUUAUGAGGAUGGAUUUGACCUUUGGUUGGCUUUACUUCAAAAUUGCGAACUGGAAGCAAAUGAGCUAGAUCCAAGAUUUUACGCGUUGGUUAGCUCACUUCAAUACGGAGUUCAGCAUCAAACAGAAAUACUCCCUACUCUUCUGGAAAUUGUCAAGAGCUAUAGCUUACUCUGUUCGCCUAAAGCCUUUUUGUCUCACCCGGAAUUCAGAUUCAUUUUAGGUCAUCUUGCCAGAUUUAUUCUUAAGUUGCGGGACGAUUCCCUCGAGAUCUUACUCUCAAUCGCGGACAUACUAACUUUAGUCAACGAGCAGAAUUCUGAAGGCCAAUUGCUAGAGUUUUUCUUUUCAUGCGGACUUUUGGAUGCUUUCAUGGGCGGGUUGUUUAGAGAGGAGUCUCUGUCUUCAUUUCAAAAUGCCCAAUUACUUCAAUCUAUCAGUCGCAUCGCAUUUAUUACUCCACUGUCUGUUACCAAUUUCAUAGCAGACUAUCAUUCCCGACAGCCUACGUCAAGGGAGAAUUCGCAACUUCCUGCAAUAGACCGAAAAAGUAUUAGCUCUGAUAUGCCAUUAGAUGAAGUUCUGAACAAGUUUAUCACCAUUUGGAUUUUGGCGCUUAAUGAAGUUUAUGAUCCGAGGUGGAAAAAGGCGCACAUCCUUGGCCUCUCUAGUUUGCUAAAAACAGGGCUUGGUGCAGUCCUUUCCAACUUUCAAAAUAUAGCCUCGAUUUGGGUCACUGCAUUAGAGGAGGUGAACGAAACUACCGAGGGAGACUGCGAAAAGUACCAUUUAAGCGAAGAUUUGAGUGCGGAAAAUGACGAAAAUUAUAUACCGUCGUGUGAACAACUGCGUCUUCACCGCCUUAUCAAGGCUCAGGAUCCGGUACACAACAUCAGUUUGAAGCGGUUUAUUAAAUCAAUUCUGGAUCUCCUUCAACAAGAAUUAGGAACCGAUUUUGAGUCUCUAUUGGCCUCCGUUCAUCCCACCACGAUCGAAAAUCUUCAACAAUUUUUGAACAUGGGUCCUUAA